AUGUCGGGUUUGAGUCUUAAUUACAACAAGUCCUCCUUUAUAACUUGGAAUCCAAAAGAUCAUGCUUGGGCUAGAGACAUUGUUGGAAGUGUUGGUUGCCUCCACUCACGCCCCCCGUUUACUUAUCUUGGCUUUCUCCUUGGUGAUCACAUGAAUAGAUGCUCUGCUUGGAAAUCAGUGGUUAAAAAAAUUGAAAACAGACUAGCAUCAUGGAAAGCAAAACUUUUAUCUAGAGCUGGGAGACUAACCCUCAUCAAGAGUGUGCUUAACAGCCUUCCUGUGUAUUUCAUGAGUAUGUUCAAGAUGUCGAAAAAAUUCUCCAAUCGGUUCAUGAGAUCAACGGAGCUAAGGCCUCCUCGAAUGCGUUUUCAAAACUCAGGGAUGGUACAUGGUCUUCUUUGA